AUGCUUCAAGAUGCUGUGCUGGAUUCCUCUCAGGUGUCUUUAGCAGAGCCCGAUACCACCUUUGGCUUCCCUGAAGUGCGUGUGGGUGGUUUGCCUGCUUGCGUGACCGUCGCACUGCGGAAACGUAUCAGUGACAACGACAUUAGGAAACUGGUCACGGAUGGCAUGCCCAUCGAUGCCCGAGAGGCUCAACGUAUUGGCCUCGUGGACUUCGUGGGUGAUGUUGAGACAGAGCUGUCCCGGAUCAUCUUCAAGAAUUGCAAGCCGAAAGUGACCAAUGUCAUGUACCGCCCGGACUGCGAAAAAGCCUGGGAAGCUUGA